CGUGUCCAGCCGGGGUGUCGGGGGGAGGGCCCAGACUGGGUGACAGCCGGGCCCUUCCCACUCACAUUCUCAUAUCUGAGCCUCCGUCUGUUCCGCCGCUGUAGUCUGCAGACGCGCGCGCGGACGGACGGACGGGCGGCGGCGCCGGGCUCACGCGAUCCCAGCAGCCCCAUCACAGGCGGCCGGUGGGAGGAGGCAAACACCCCGCGGGAGGACGGAGCCAGCGGCCGAUGUCAACGGAGUUAUCUGAACGCCAGGACCUGGACAGAUCGGGAGCAGCAGAAGAGCAGCCGGACAUUUGCAGCGGCGCAGCAGGGAGCAGAAUGGCGUCCGUAGCGGAAUACUACGCCGGCAAGAGCGUCCUGAUCACAGGAGCCACGGGGUUCAUGGGAAAAGUGCUGGUGGAGAAGCUGCUAUGGUCCUGCCCGGAAGUCAAAGCGCUCUACAUCCUGGUGAGGCCCAAAGCGGGCCAGUCCAUGAAGCAGCGGGUCAGCGACAUGAUGAAGUGCAAGCUUUUCGAUCGAGUCAGGGAGGACAACCCCGACUUCCACAAGAAGAUCAUCCCCAUCAGCAGCGAGCUGACACAGCCCGGCCUGUCCAUCAGCCCGGAGGACGUGGAGAAGCUCAGCGCCUGCAUCAACAUCGUCUUCCACUGCGCCGCCACCAUCCGCUUUGACGAGCCACUGAAACACGCUCUGCAGCUGAACGUGAUCGCCACCCAGGAGCUCCUCAGCCUAGCCCAGCGGAUGCACCACCUCGAGGCCUUCAUUCACAUCUCCACCGCCUAUGCAAACUGCAACCGCAAGCACAUCGACGAAGUCAUCUAUCCGCCGCCUGUCGAGCCCAAGAAGCUCAUCGAGUCUCUGGAGUGGAUGGACGACGGCAUCGUGCAGGACAUCACGCCGCGGCUCAUCGGCGACAGACCCAACACCUACACCUACACCAAAGCUCUGGCCGAGUACGUGGUGCAGCAGGAGCAGGACAAGCUGAACAUUGGCAUCGUCAGACCCUCCAUAGUGGGAGCCAGCUGGCAGGAACCUUUCCCUGGUUGGAUCGACAACUUCAACGGGCCGAGUGGAGUCUUUAUAGCCGCGGGAAAGGGCAUCCUGCGCACCAUGAGGGCCAACAAUGACGCGGUGGCCGACCUGAUCCCCGUGGAUAUGGUCGUCAACCUGACGCUGGCCGCGGGCUGGUACACCGCCGUGCACAGACCCAAAACCACCCUGGUGUACAACUGCACGACCGGAGGCAUCAACCCGUUCCACUGGGGGGAGAUCGAGCACCACGUGAUUUCCUCCUUCAAGAGGAACCCUCUGGAGCAGGCGUUCCGCAGGCCCAACGCCAACAUCACCUCCAACUACCUGAUCAACCAGUACUGGAUCCUGGUCAGCCACAAGUUCCCGGCCUUCAUCUACGACCUCUUCCUGCGUCUGUGCGGCCAGAAGCCACAGAUGAUGCGCAUCUUCAACCGUCUGCACAAGGCCAUCGGCCUGCUGGAGUACUUCAGCAGUCAGGACUGGGAGUGGAACUCUGAGAACAUGAACAUGCUGAUGAGCCAGCUCACCCCGGAGGACAGAACGGCGUUUAACUUUGACGUUCGUCAGCUGAACUGGCCCGAGUACAUCGAAAACUACUGCAUCGGCACCAAGAAGUACGUCCUGAACGAAGACAUGUCGGACAUUCCUGCAGCCAGACAGCAUCUGAGGAAGUUGAGGAACAUCCGCUACACCUUCAACACCGUCCUGGUGGUUUUCAUCUGGAGAGUGUUCAUCGCUCGCUCCCAGAUGGCCAGAAACAUCUGGUACUUCGUGGUCAGCCUCUGUUUCAAGUUCCUCUCCUACUUCCGUGCGUCCAGCACCUUAACCAACUGAGUGUCCUCGACCCAGAGACAGCAGCCCUUGCCUUUAUCGGUCAUCCGGGACUGAGCGCGCUCCGUGUGGAGCUCUGCGGCGGAGCGCGCUGCAGCUGAGUGGAGCUCUCAGGAGAAAAAGAAAGAGGUCUACUAGCCAUGACUUGUUUGUUUGGAUAUCUGUCAUCAGUACCUGUUCAGUCAAACCCAAACAUUACUGUUCAUUUUCUACCUGCUGUUCAAAGUGGCCAAUUAUAUAUGCAACAACAAGCCUUGUAUGUGACUUCCACCCCUCCCUGUUGAAUCUCGGUACAUUGCCUUACCUUGUGAUGAUCUUUUUUUUUUGUUUUUUUUCUCCCCCCAGUACUUUAAAUACAGCGGUGAUUCAAAGGA